AUGAUAGGAGAAAAUAAAAGUAAUAAUCAACAAGGCAGAUCAAAACUACCUAAUCAAGAACAUCCUGCAACAGCAAAUAAUUGGACAGCUAAAAGAAAAUAUAGUAUUAUUAUAGGAUAUCUAAGAGGAUCAGCAGCAUUAUGGUAUGAUAAUAUAUUAGCAACUAUUUAUUAUUGGAAUACAUACAGUGUUAGAUUUAACAAUCUUAAAAGAUUAGUUGAUCCAGGUGAUCAUUUACCAGACGAUUAUGAAAUUAGACUAUUUUUAAAUGGACUAAAAUCUAACAUUACAGCAAGAGUCAUAAUGGCAGAUUCUGGUAAUCUAAGAGCAACUAUUAAUAAAACCAGAACAACUGAAGCUGAAACAUAUUAUUGA